CCCCGCCCCGCCCCGGCCAUGGGUGCCGCCGGCUGAGCGGCUGCCGAGCGGCGCGGGCGCGGUGUUUGCGCGGAGUCUCCGCGUUCCGGAGCGGCCGCGCCCUUCCCCUCGGGCCAUGUCGGCGUGGCUCGGGCGGGCGGCGCUGCUGCUGGGGCGGCCGGGGGGCUCCUCCCGCCUGGCCUCGCCGCUCGUCCCGCGGGGGGCGCGGGCGCUGGGCGCGCACCCCAAGAAGGAGCCGAUGGAGGCGCUGAACACGGCGCAGGGAGCCCGCGACUUCAUCUACAGCCUGCACUCCACCGAGCGGAGCUGCCUGCUGCGGGAGCUGCACCGCUUCGAGUCCAUCGCCAUCGCCCAGGACCCCAUAUCAGCUAGGGGAAGCUGUCACCAAUAUGGGGAGACCUGGGCACAUCAAGAUCCAAAUGAGGACUGUUCCUCAGCCCAUUCCCAGGCCUACCACCAGAAGGAUGCAGUUCCAUCAACUAAUUGCCCUAGCGCGAAAUAUGACAGGACACACUAUCUGUGGCCUCCGCUAAUGGCAGAGGGUACAGGGAAACCCAUCCUUUGCUGCGGCUGCUACGCUGAAGGACGGUCCUCAGAAAAGCUGGAGGUUGCACCACCAUCUCCAGGACAACUGAAACAUGUGUUCUUCCACAAUGCAUUACCUUUUGUAGGGUUUGGAUUUUUGGAUAACGCAAUCAUGAUCGCUGCGGGAACUCAAAUAGAAUUGUCAAUUGGGGUUGUCCUAGGAAUUUCAACGAUGGCAGCUGCAGCUUUGGGAAACCUUGUUUCAGAUUUAGCUGGACUGGGGCUUGCAGGUUAUGUAGAAGCUUUAGCUUCACGGCUGGGUCUGUCGAUCCCUGAUCUGACACCCAAACAAGCUGAUAUGUGGCAAACGCGUCUCAGUGCACACUUGGGUAAAGCUAUUGGAGUGACCGUUGGCUGCCUUUUAGGAAUGUUUCCUUUGUUGUUCUUUGGCGAUGAGGAAGAAAAACUGGAAGAAAAAAAAUAACCUUUUUACAAGACGUAUACAAAUGUAAACUACUGUACCUCAAUUAUUCAAUUAUGCUGUCAAUAUUUAGGAAUUAACAGACAGUAAAAAAUGUAUAGACUUGGGAACAAAACCUUCAGCAUGUCGUUUUAUGGAAACACUAAUUUAUUGUGGCUUUGUGUUCAGUACUUCUUUUUAUAAGAUAUCAUCUAACGUUUUAUUUAAUUGUAAAUUUUUGAAGUGUUUUCACUUAUGGCAACUGAUGUUUACCACUUUACCAUUUGACCUUAUUCUCUAAUGAAUUAUUACUUUAAUAAUCCAUCAUGGAUGAUAGUAUGACUCUUGAGUUACAGUUGGUAAUUGCAUGACAAAAAUUUCACUGCUGUUCAUCAGGUCCUUCAAUGCAGAUUAUUGAGAUCAGCAAUGAGUGAUUUGGAAUCUCUCACUUUGCAAGAUGACUAGUUCCCCCUCACCAGCCGUGAUUUUGCACUGCCUUUACAUUAGCAAUUUCAGUGGUCUCCGACAGUCUAGUUUUGCAUUUUUUCACAAUUCUGACUAGGUGUCUCUGAAUUGUUUUCUAGCUGAUAAUUUUAAAGCUCUGACAAGGUGUUUCCAGUGUAAGCUCUUUACCGAGUCAGGGUUUUUUAGUGGUGUUUUAAAGCCUUCUGUGCUUCCAUUUUCAUGCCUUUUUAUCUCCUUUGUAAACAGUAUUUUGAGAAUUGAGUUGAGAUACCCUUAGAUUUCUCUUCCUGAAUUUUGAGUGUGAUAUUAAAGAAUUCAGACCAGCUGUUUCAAAACCACAAACAACUUUUUUUAUUGUGCUUAAAAUAAGUGCGAGUAGUUGAUUGAGUGGAUGAGGCUGGGAAGCAGUUCAGGAUAUGAAAGAGUUCUUGCAUUGCAAGCUGGUAAUAAUGGGUGGUUCAGUUGAAACAUAGUCUGUCAUCAGUCUGGAUUAGAGGACCUGAUAUGCAGAUUAUAACUUUGUAUUUAAGAUUAAGCCUUUGCUGCCUUUUUUUUUUUUCUUGCUGUGAGACAAUUAAGAAAAAAAACCCAAACGACAAAAAAUGGAGACCUGAGGCCUUUUUCCUUUUUUGCUUUUUGUUUUUGCGGUCUUACUUGGUGUAUUAUUGAUCUGACAGUGCAGUCACAUGUAACUGUGCUUUUUUUUAUAUGUUCAUGAAUAAAUUGAUUACAACUGUCAAAUAUUCAUAUCUCGGGAUCUGACUUGCUGAAAGCAAAAUGCUAAAUGGAUAAUUGGUUAGAGAAGGUGGUUUCUUACCUGUUUGCAUAACAGUUGGAAAAAACACUAAAAAGAGAGGCACAGCCAGGGCACUUUGUUAGCACUUCUGAAACGUAGAAGGAAAUGUUUUUUAAAAAAAAUUGCAUCCCCUAAUGACUUUAUUUGCUAUAGGAAAAGUCUUAUUGCAUCCUGUGUGUGUUUUACAGAGUUCAUUGCUUAUUUCUUGGUCAUAAAUCUGACUUCUCUGUUCUCAUUUCUAGAGGCCCUUUAACAGCAGUACUGAAACUUUGACAUCAGCCAUUAAUGAAGGUGACAGUGUUCUGCCUGUUUUUGAAAAGCAGACUUGAAAAACUUGCAGUGAGUAGUCCUAGUAGCAUGUACUGUAUGUACAUGCGUGAGAACCUGGACCAAACUGUAAGCUGAAAGAAAUCUUAGCUAGGCGAGAAGAGAACACAAAUGCAGAGGUGUUUUGGCUUGCAUUUUUGAAGUUGGAAGCUUUUAUUAAAAAAAAAAGUUACACAAACAACAACAACCAAACAACAGAAAGCCUCCAGCUACACAAAAACAUCCACAAAAAACAAUUCUGCUAGAAAAUCGUGCACUUUUCUCCAAGAGAUUGCUGCUGAUAAUCUUUCUUUUUGUCAUCCAGACAUUUGUCUUGCCUUAAACUCCCAACUUUUCUUCUCCUGCAUUUAUUUUUUAUUUCUGGUAUGUUUCUAUACAAAGUUGCAAGUAUUUCCUACCUGUUCUUUUUUUAAACUGAAGUACACAUUAAAACAGUUU